CAAGCGGCUAUCAGAAAGAACACACCACUGUCACCAUAGGAAACUCACCCCUGUCUGUUGUCAUCGUGAGGGAUUGUUCUGAGCCACUUUGACAUUCACCAUCUGCGUUUUGCACAUCACCUUCAAAACCAAAUGGACGGUUCUGGUGGAAAAGAUGUUGAAGCAAAACCAACAGGUAAUGAGAAGAUGGAACUUCCUGUUCUGACUCAACCUGGCCUCGGAGUGACCACGACAACGGUGACCACUAUCACUCAAACAGGAGGAGACUGGAGCACAGGACUGUUUGACGUGUGCGCUGACACCAGCACAUUUCUGAUGGGUGCGUUUGUGCCGUGCUGUUUGGACCUGAGUCUGGCCCAUCAGUAUGGGGAAUGCAUGUGUCUGCCUCUGCUGCCUGGCUCCACAUUUGCCAUGAGGGCGGGCAUUCGAGAGCGCUUUAAAAUCAGGGCACCAGUAUUAGAUUUUGGAAAGAUUAUUAUCUACACCAGCAACCUGAAGAUUAUUCAAGCUCCUCACAGAAGAGGAGAAUAUGGAAGGAGUCCUCACCGCAUCCGGGACAGGAAAGAAAGUUCACCAGGACGUGAGUCCCGGAGCAAAGGGAGACAUAGAUCAGCACGUUCCCGCACAGAGGAACCAGACGCAAUGACUGAACAAAAGCAGGAAGCAGGCUCCUGUGAACAGUGCGGAGGUUCAGGUUGUGCGCCGUGCUCCCUCUGUCAUGGCAGCAAACUGUCCAUGCUGGCCAACCGCUUCAACGAGUCAAUCAGAGAGCUGCGCUGUCCAGCGUGCAACCCCCACGGCCUACAGCGCUGCCAGUCCUGCACACACUAA